GUCUGAAGCCCGCGUGGUGCGCACCUGUCCUUGGCUGUGCUGGCAGUUUGUUCGGCUCAAGUUUCUUGGGUUCGGGUUUUCUCCUCUGUAGCAAAUGGAUUCCAUCGCUCUGAUUGACCCAGAGAAGGGAGAGAUAUCCACCGAUGAUGGUGAGUACGAGGAUGGCUCUGGUUUAGAUAGGCGCUCCGUCUCUACCGUUUCCGAUCCACACAUGGAGAAGGAAGGCGGCGACACGAAUUCCAUGAACGCCGAGGCCGCCAACAGCAGUGAAUGCAACACCGCCAGGUGCCGGAUGUUGGUCGGGAUCUUGGCUCUGAUGAUUUCGUCAUUGUCCAAUUCGAGCCAGUCCGUGGCGGUACAGAUGGCUGGGCGUGCUGGUUGCCAAGCCUUGGUUGCAGCAACAGGGCGCUUCUUGAUCCAGACUCUCAUUUCCAGUUGGAGCCUCGGGGGCAUCAUCACUCCAGCGUAUGACAUCUGGUAUAUUGGUAGCAGUCGAAGAUUCUGGAUUAUGGUGCGUUGUGUCUCGGGCAGCUUGAACUUUGGCGUCUUCUCAGUCGUCGUGACGUCCAUGGCAGUAGGCGAAGCAACCAUGAUUAAAUACGCAUCGCCCGCCAUAACAUGCGUACUGGCCUUUUUCAUGCUGGAUGAAAGGUUUGGGUGGUCAGAGAGCGUGGCUUUAUUGGCAUGCAUGUGUGGGGUGGCUCUUGUCGCAUCUGCGGGUGCAGGUGGAAGCGACGCGCAUCACUCUGGGCAUCUUAGCUACUACUUUGCAAUAGCACUCGGGCUGUUUGGAUCUCUCUGCAAUGCGGUCAGGAACAUCUCUCUCAAGCGGCUUGGCAAGGCGACGGAGUCCGCCGGCGACCAGAGUGCUUCGACGACGGCCCAUCAGGCUGAUCUGAUGACAUGGAUGACCGGCAUUGCUGGGCUGAUCAUGUGCAGCAUUACGGCGCUGGUAAUAGAGGGCCCUGGGGCGUUUUUGUCGCUGAGCUCGCCGACAUGCCUGUUCUGGGUUGCAGCGGUCGGUGGUGCCGGGUACUGCACACAGUGGUCUAUCAAUUGGGGAGCGCAGGGCGGCACCGCGAUGCUCAACAGCCUGAUCAGCUAUCUUGACGUAGUAUUUGCAUUAGUGUGGCAGGUGGUCUUCUUUGAGGAGCCGUUGCAAUUCAGAGUCGUUGUCGGCGCUGUGCUGGCGUUCGCGUCGAUUGUGCUGCUCACAGUCCAGAAAGCAUGCUAGUAUGCUAGUGUUAGCCUGGAUGUUCUUCCAUAAUUCUUCACGCUUCGCAGGGGAAUGCAUUGGAACAAAGAGGGGGUCAGCCGUUACCUUUCACAGGAGGAGGAACAAGUGCUUUGCCUCGGCGCUUCGGCUGACCAAUCAUGUCGUCGCCCAGGUAGCGCAGAAACGCUACGAUGAGUGGAAUGGUUGAUGACGGUCUCAGUGAUCAGGAUCGUUUUGAAUAUUUUCUCAGAAAUCCGUAUUGCUUGGAGCCAGCAGAUUCGUAAGCUGUGGCGUCUUAGCGCUUGCCACUCGAUCUCCUGCUCGGCUAUUUAAGUGCCUUGUUCAUUCUUGGUGGCGGCUAGUGCUCACGGGUGCCAGCCUUUGCUUUGCAGCCUCUGUAGUUCGCUCAGUUUUUUCGCCCAUCCUCUUCCCCGAGGGGUGCGAGUCAUGCCGUGCCAGCAAGCCGGGUUUCGCACUUGCUGGUCUCUUCGCAGACAUCGUGGACAAGGCAAGGCCUGAAUCACCGCACGCACUCACUUUCUCCAGCAUGGGAAUUAGUUGGCUGCUUUGCAAGGCGGAUCGGAUUCUAUGAUCUUCAUCCCGUUGCAUAGCGAAUGUAAGGGCCAAAGCUACCCUCCAUCGCUGCGCUUCGGAUUUUUUCGUGGUCCAGGCUGUGACCCACCCAUUCCUGAAUCUUCCCGCAGAGCAUGUUUCUGACCUCAGUCGGGCAGGCCCGUAAGUCACGCCCGAACCUGUGUAUAGGCGGGUGGAUGCAUGCGAGACGAAGGAGGAACAGCAGCAGGGGGAGGAGCACGUGCUUAGCCCUUUCCUACCGCAGCUGCACGGCGCUUCGAUGAGGGGAAUGGCUUAUUUCGGAGUCAGUUUUCAAUUGAUGAGCGGAUUGGCCAGUUCCAGCCGGUCUGUGGGCUGCGGUUUCACAGCGCUUGUCGCUCUGAGGGGGACGGGGAG